AUGAAUCAGUUGAAUCGAUUUUGAACCAUUUUCGAAUGUUAGGGGGUGGCUUCGGUGGUUGAGCUGCUAUUUGUGAAAUAAUUGGUCGUUCAGGGAUAAAUGACGAACUUUUCCGUAAACAACCGUGUGUGAACGAGUCAGAACGAGCGGCGCAAUCGAUGAAAGGAGUGUUUCGCAUCGGGGUUUUUAACGAGAAGUUUAGUGGAGUUUCCGAAUUUCAAUAUCGGUUCGUGUUUCAUUGAUUGGGAGCUCUUUCAAAUUUGGAAUUUGUGAAUCGUAUAGGACGCCGCGUUUUGGACCGAAAGCGAAAAACUGCGCAACGAAGGAUGAUAAUGGAGGCAAGAUAUGGACUCGGCUCAUUAUCAGCUGCCGUGUGACAGGUAGGAGGAAAUCCAUUGAUCUUGGUGGUGUUUUCGCCGAGUGCAAUUCGCGGAAAGGAAGGAAAAGAAGAACGGAAAACGACGAUAGCAAUAACAAACAAACAGACGACCUGAGAUAAACGCGAAACACGCACCCCCACACACGGUUGGAAAUUUCGGUGAAACACAGUAGUGUUUGUAGAGUUGUGAGUGAGCUGCAUUUCUUUGGCAGAACCAUGUCACUACCCAACAGUGGCCAGGGCUUGUCCAAGCUCAAGAAGAAGCAUUUCAGAGUCAAACACCAGAAGGUGAAGCUCUUCAGGGCCAAUGAGCCCUUCCUCUCUGUCCUCAUGUGGGGCAUCAAUCACACAAUCAAUGAGCUGAUGCAUGUCACCAUACCAGUCAUGCUACUGCCGGACGACUUUAGGGCCUAUUCAAAAAUCAAAAUUGACAACCAUUUGUUCAACAAGGAGAACAUGCCAUCACAUUUCAAAGUCAAAGAGUACUGCCCAAUGGUAUUCAGAAACAUCCGUGAGAGGUUUGGAAUUGAUGAUUUAGAUUACAAAGAAUCAUUGACCAGAUCUCAACCACUCCCAGACGACUCCUCAGGCAAAAGUGGAGCAAAAUUUUAUCUGUCCUCAGACAAACUGUUCAUCAUCAAAACAUUAACAUCCGAGGAGGUGGAGAGGAUGCAUUCAUUUUUAAAGCAAUACCAUCCAUUUAUUGUUGAGAGGCACGGAAAGACUUUGCUGCCCCAAUAUUUGGGCAUGUAUCGAUUGACCGUGGACAAUAACGAGCACUACAUUGUCAUAAUGCGCAACGUAUUUUCGAAUCACCUGAGCACACACAGAAAAUUCGAUUUGAAGGGCUCGACGGUCGACAGGGAGGCCUCCGACAAAGAGCUGGAAAAGGACUUACCCACCUUCAAAGACAAUGAUUUUGUCAAGCAACAAAUGAAGGUAUAUAUUGGUGAAGAGGCCAAGCAGAAAUUGAUGGAGACUUUGACGGCCGACGUGGAAUUCCUAACUAAGUUGCAUCUGAUGGACUACAGUUUACUAUUAGGUAUACAUGAAACGGAACGCGGAGAGCAGGAGAUGCAGCGCGACAGGGAACGCAGGGAUGCGGCCGAAGGGCAGGGGCUGGAGUCGGAUGAGAGCGAGGCCGGAUCGGGAUUAGAUAAUAAUCGGCCUUUCGGCAUCAAUACCCCGCCGGACUCGCCCAAUGCUAUCGCUCAAUUUAUCAGAGACUGCAGUUUACAAUACGAUGGUGGUAUCAUACCAGAAUUGGACAUAUAUGCAAUACCGAGUUGCGAAACGGCUCCGGUGGCUGAGAUCUAUUUCGUUGCCAUAAUCGACGUUCUGACUCAUUACGGCGUCAAAAAGCAAGCUGCCAAAGCAGCGAAGACCGUCAAAUAUGGGAGCAACGUCGAUGGCAUCAGCACCUGUGAUCCAGAGCAGUACGCGAAGCGUUUCAUCGAUUUCAUCUCAAAAGCGAUCGAAUAAAAAUCGCCAAACAACAACAAAAUGUAUGCAUGCAUGCGUCCUCGUGCGUAUGCAGAACACAACUAAGUAAUCUAAAAAAGAAAGGGUAUAUAGAAGAGGUUAACAGAAAAAAGAAUGGUACUAACUAAAAACAUGUUUUAUUAUAUUUUUUU